AUGACUAGUGGCAAGAUGAUUCUCUGCAUUGUCUUAUUCAUAUUUGCUAUUCAGUCGCAAAUUUUAUACGGAAAAUCUGUUGAUAUAAGCAGUGGAACAUUUAAGAAAUUAUUCCGCGAAGCAUCGAAAAGUAAAGAUUGUUCACGUAGUGUACCUGAUCAAAAACCAAUACCCUUACGUUUUCGUCGUGCUUUUUCAAAAGAAAAGCCUCCAUGUGUUAUAGAUAUCGAAUGA